UGCUCAUCUCGCGUGUUGGAUUCUGCGAUGGUGAAGGAGCAGUCUGGUCGGCGCAAGUCUAUCGCGGUCGCUGGUGACCAAAAUCGGCCUGUGGCUCUGAGUAGGAAGCGGCGUGCUCAUAGUAUUGUGGGAAGUGAUGUGCUCAGUCCCCGAGCCAAAGCACGACGAUUUGCGGUGCCACGCAAGAGCAUAUUGAAGUCGACCGCGAAUGUCCUCGAUGCCAAUCCCGAUGGGUCAGGCACCCUGCCCACGGAAAACAGCGCAACCCAAUCUAUGGAUUUGACGACAGAUUUCCAAACACAAAUUCACGACAACACUAGUAGAAAGUCGCUCGGGCGACGAGUCAGCUUUGCGAAGAACGCACAUGUCCGACUAAUCGAGUUGCGGACAAAUGACGAUAACACCAACAGCACGGCCUCUCCUCCCGGCUCUCCUGCAGCAUCCUCCGACCCACCAGAAGAUCCCCAACAGCCUAAAGUUGUGAACGAUGAGAAUGCAUACCCAGGAGCUGCAGCGUCUCGGAACAGACGACGUAGCUCUAUUCGCCAAUCGUUUGGGAGCGAGGAUAUGGACUUGACUGUAACGGCCCCGGGUGGCUUUUUUGCCUUCGGUGACGAGCCUGCACUUGCGGAUGAAGAUAUGGAGCUUGAGGACUCAAUGGACAUGGAUAUGACAGAAGACUUGGAUGGCGAGUUUCUGAAAGGGCGACCUGUUUCGCUGGGUGGAAAUGCGAAUCGACCACCACUUGGACAAAUAUCUACCGCGCCAGCGGGCGAGCAGGACCAAUCCCAGUCGUUUGACGACCAAUCAUCUUAUACCUCCGACCCAUCGCAAGAAGCACAUACCGAAUUCAGUGUACCUCUGAAUCGUUCGCUUCGCCCGCCUGCAAGCGAGGACCCGGCUUGGAUGGCUCUGAGGCGGAUGACUCAUUCUGGCGAUACACCACUGGAAGACAUACCUGCGUCGUCAGACGACGAUUUUGGGGGCAACCAAGUUGUCUAUGAAACCGGCGAUGCCUCAAUUUCGAGCGCUGACGACAGCUUCAACGACAUCAACAAUGGCGACAGGACCAUGAACUUGAGCCAGGUGGUUGGGCGUGUUAGUAUGGCCGGCUCUGGACCACGGUUCAGCAUGGGCCAGCCAGACUCAACGAUGGAAGAGUCUGAAAUAUAUGGCACAAUUAUCCAAGCGCCUGCCCAAUCCACACCGGCUCCAGCUCCUCGUCCUCAAGAAUCAGCCCCUACGAACUCACGGCCACCUGUUUUCAGAGCACCGUCUCCCUCUAAGGCGUCAUCUCCCUCUAAGAAGACAGCAGCAGCAGCGAAGCCUGUUUUCUUCCCUCCCGGUCCCAAUAAACGCCCACGAGACAGCGAUGUCGAUGGUGAAAAGGGAACUCCCUCCAAGAGAGUAGCUGUUGCAGGGCGCUGGACUCCAACAACAACAAGCUCCCCCGCCAAAGGAACAACUCCUCAAAAGUCGGUGGCAAAGCCAUUGUCUCCAAGCAAGAAGGCGCCAUUCUUAGUCUCGACCAAGGCAUCCACCUCUGUUACCCCUGCCUCAGCCCUUCCACGUCCUACAGGCCGGCGACCCAGUUAUUUCGACAGACGAAAAAGCAUGGCCUCUCUGGGUGUUGAGGGGUCGCAAUCAGGUUCUCAGCCUUCUUCCUCCGCUCAGCCAAAAUCGCCGCGUAAAACGUCGGGCCUUGGUAUGGGUCGGGCAAGUAUGGGAUCAGCGCCCUCCUCGAACGGUUGGAAACCCUUCAAGAAGCCUUCCCCGACGAUUAAAGGAAAAGAAAAGGCGAUAGAGCCGGAACCUGAGCCUGUACCUGAACCGGAGCCUGAACUAGAGGAAGACCAGGAAACGGAGAUGGAAAUUGCCCCCGCUCCUUCGCCUCGAGUGGAAUCACCCCCUCCACGGGCUGCCUCGCCAAGGGUCAAUGUUACAGACUCGGUUGUGAAUGUCUCGUCUUUGGCGGAGGAACGGAGUACUCCAGACAGUGUCGAUAUGGAUGUUGACGCAACUGAACAAUGGAGAGAUAGAAUAGAACAGACGGAGCCUCCAGAUGAAGAGAUUCAAGCGAUCACAAUUGAGCAGUUCUUCGAAAUAACCAAUGUCAAAUUCAUGGAUGCAUUGGACGCGCCGCGACGGUCAAUUCACCAUCCAUCACGUGUGCCACGGCCCCCGUCGGAGAUUCCGCUGGCGGAGUAUGGUGUUGCAAUGGCCAUAACCGUCCCCGAGCUAGAUCUUUACUCCAAGAUUUGCAACGACCUGCAGAAAUGGAUGGACACCGAUAUCAAGGCUGUCUUCGAACAGGAGGAAGAGGCAGCGGCCAAGGUCACCCCGCAACUUUUCACUGAGUAUCUUUCUGCCGACGAGGAAGAUCGAGAGGCACUAUUGCAUCAACUCCAUCUCAUCCGAAGCAAUGUCCGCACCCAAGCCAAAUCGGAGUGGUAUGAUUGGAAGUUGGAGUGGAUUGAGAAUCUGCGAGCAUCGCUAGACGAGUCGUUGACUGCCCUUCGCAAGGAUGCCGAGGCUCUGGAACAGCUUCGGGAGCUACCGGAUCAGAUUCUCCCUGGGUUGCAACAAGAGUAUGAUGAGCUGAUGCGCGAACUUGCGCAAGAGGAGGCGGAGGUUGCGGAGAUCCAGAACUGUGACCAGGACUACCUCAAUGGGCUCAAAGCGUCUAUCGCUGAACAAGACUUUGUUGUCGAAGCGCUGAGAGGAGAGCUCGACGAGCACAAGUCUCGUUUGCAGUGGCUGAAAGACCGGAUGGCUGACAUGGAGGACGAGAAGCGGCAGUCACAAACUGCAAUUGACGACGCUAAUCGGAUUCUCCAUCUUCAACAACACAGCACGCAUGCUGAGCUGACUCGUCUGAAAGAGGAAAUUGGUCUGCUGCAACAGCUGCACAUGCUCAAGAUCACCAAGGUGGUCCCUGAGCUGUUUGAGUACGAAUAUGGGUCCCAGUUCAAGGUGUCCAUUCCCUGUCGCCAGUUUAAUCCAGUGCCGUCCAAAGUCAAGAUAACACGCAUCAAACCGUCGCAUCAGUACUUGGACGACUUUCCCGAGCUCACCAAGUACUUUUUUGAGGACGCGAUGCGGCAUAUCCCACGGGGCGAUCACGUGUCCACUCGCAGUAUCGUCGCGAGCCUAUCCGACUACUGGAUGGCGUGCUCACAACUUCGCGCGCAACUGUUCCAGCUCACGAUUAAGUACCCCGUCACCAUCGAGCUGCUGGCCAACGGGGGCGGCUUCCGGGCGAAAGCAGCCGUGAUGUUCCCGGUGGUGCGAGGCAAGGCCUAUAUUUCGUUUGUCUUUUCGCAUGACGUGCACGGCCGUUGGCCGCUGUCGAUUGAGUUUCUGACUCAUGAGGUCAAAACACAAUUUGGUGCCCUGGACGCAGACGCUUUAUCUACCCGUGUCGCGGAGAGUCUGAGCCAGGCGGGACCGAUGGACAACAACGGGUGUCUGCUCGAUGCGUGUCUUUCCGCGCAGGAGCUUUAUGAUGACAAAUCUGCAAGCAAAUCUCCCAACGAGAAGUGGUUGCUGCUCCGCCUUGCUCCACCUGACUCCACUGUUCGUCGAGUUGGUGAUGUAAAUAGCACCACAAAGGAUGCGUAUAAAAGGCUCAACAACUGUAGGGCACUAGCACUCAGAACCAACCAACCGCCCACUCAUUCGCAUCUUAAUUGCCUAUAUAUCAUUCGCACUAUGAAGUUCUUCGCUGCUGCUGCCCUCGCCAUCGCUGCCCUCGCCGCACCUGCCAUUGCUCAGGAAAGUGGUGAUCCAAGCACUCUAGUCAUCGACUCUUCCCUGCCGGUCCCCUCCCUCCCUGUGCCCUCUCUGCCGGUGCCCUCGGUAUCAUUACCAUCGCUGCCGAUUCCCAGCGUGUCUGUCUCUGUACCCGUACUGCCUAGCGGUGGCUCGUCGGUUCCCAGCCUCUCCGGCCGGUUGCCUUCAUCGUCCGUUUCUGGAUCGUCGCCGGCACAGUCGAGUGGGGCGCCAAAUGCCGGCGCUGUUUUGGGAGUGCCUAUCCAAGGACUGGUUGCAGCUGGCGCAGUUGUCGCAGCUGCACUCUUCUAA